AUGGAGCAGUCCAGUCCAACCGCCUUUUCACCGUCCAAAUACUUCCCGCAACGACGACGGGCGUUGCAAGCCUGUGCCAACUGCCGCAACCGCAAAACCCGCUGCGAUGCCGCCAAGCCCCGGUGCAGCUGGUGCGUGACGCAGAAUCUCAAGUGCGUCUACGCCGAGGCGCAGCAGCCGCGCAUCGAGCCCAACACCAGGGUUCUCCUGGAGCGGAUACAACUUUUAGAAGACCGCAUCUUUGCCUUGCCUGCUUUUGGCCAGCCAACCGCAUCGGCACCAACUGAGGAGUCGAGUAGCGAGCGUCUAGCUACAACUCAACCGUCGGGCCAGCCAGCCGUGCCUGGUCUGGAUAUUGGCGUCCAGGUGUCUCUAUCACACACGGCCAGCGCAAAUCAUGUCUGUGAAUGGCCCCUUGUCCGGCAACUCUUGGUCGAGAACCGGGAAGCGCUGCCCUGUAGCCCCAGAACAGCGAAUUGUUCGUGUCAGGCAACGGAUGUUUUCUUCAACAUAGAACCCGAUUCACAUACACCCUCUGAGACAUGGCGACUCUUUCGGGGUCUCAACCUGCCCGGACCUACAGAGCCGUUAGAUUGCUACCGUGAUUUGGUCAGCACAUACUUUGCCAAGGUCAAUCUUUUUUUCCCUUUGUUGCUCCACAGCGAUAUAGUUGGGACACUCGAAGCCGUUGUUCGGUCGGAGCGGCAAGACGAUCAACACCCCACUCGUGUAUCGUCAGCUCAAUACUGUCUUCUGCUAUUAGUACUCGCUUUGGCCGCAUUGGUGGCAUCUGGCUGGUCUUCAAUCUGCUGCGCGGAAGUCCCCGCCGAGUACGGCUCCCCACCGUCUCUCACAGAAAGAGGAGUUGCCGAGGGAAAUAAUAACUCCCUCGAUGAACAACUCUGGCGCAAGGCGGAGUUGUUGCUUGGGCCCAUUUCCUCCCAUCUGACUCUAGAAGCAGCGCAGUGUGCUAUGCUGGCCAGUCUGUACCUUGGAGCCAAGGGUAGAGUUGCCAAGUCUUAUCACUGGGCUCAUGCCACCGCGGUGAUGUGCGAAGCGAUUGCGUCAAGGGCAACAGCUCAUUCUGAGCAGAGUGUCCAUGUUUUCCCCGAUUCGUUCCGCCGAUUGUACUGGGUGUCAUUCAUCGUGGAAGCCGACUUCCUCUCGGAAAUCUCUACGACGUUGCCCUCGGGUAUCGCCAGAUACGAGGACAUGGUGCCUUAUCCCGUGUUUGAGGCCCCCGCUGAUAGCAAUGGCGCCGAGGAAAUGGUAGCCUUCCAGAUCAGCACCAACGCCUCGAUUCGACGGUUUCUUAAUCGAGUCAACAGCGUCGUCUAUGAUACCAAGGAACAGUCUCGCAUGGCCCAGGCCAAUUAUGUGGGCUGGCUAUUGCGGACUUCGGACGAUUUGUGGUCACAUCAUUCCACCGUCUAUCGCAAUGUUCCUGAUUUCCUCUUGACGAGCGUCCCGCGACAGCAGCACGAGAGCCCUGAAGUAGCAACUUCGCCGUCAACACCGGGAAUAAGCGGCAACAACCCGUGGAACGUCAUAAGACUAAAGGGACGAUAUUAUGCGGGCCAGUACAUAAUCCACCGGCCCUUUAUUGAGUACACGUUGCUGAAUCUGGACAAUGAAAACUUCCAAAACCAUCCGCGCCGAGGCGCGCUGCUGGAUCGGUGUAGGGCUUGUCUAGAAGGUUGCCGGGGUUUCAUACGAGUAUUUGACGUGGAACCAGCGAAUAGCAUUACGUGUCUGUUUGCCACCGGUAUGGUUACAUUUGCCAUGGUUAUCAUACUGAGGAUAUCUACAUUUUGUCCUAUUUUCCGCGACGUCGUGUCAGAUGACACGGAAGAAGCCAUAUUCCUGGGCAAGAGGAAUCUGCUGCGCUUCAGUCGGAGCAUCAAGGAGUUUGAGUGGCACCUAGGAGUCCUGGAGAGAUUGGACGCAGCAUGCCAGUCUCAGGCAGAGACGGGAUAUACACAAGACUAA